GGACAAUGGAUCCCCUUAUAUAUGUUCUGGAUCUUUCAUUUUGCGCGCCUGCGCAGCAACUUUUAGGCUUCAUUUUGCAAACACGUUGCGCAUUAUAUAUUGGGCACUAGUGCGGUUUCUAGGCCAUCUCCUCUUACCCUCGAGCACUCCCUGAAUCAGUAACAAGUGCCAGGAGAAAAUGCGAGUCGCCUCACUUGUGAUCGCAGCGUUCGUGGCCGUGAGCGGUGCUCAGAACAUCGGCCCUGGUCCAUACAGCGUGGACGCCAUUCAAGCGUUGUACAAUGCCUCCGUCGUAUCACAGUGUGCGACUGCUUGUAGUGUUCUAUCGAACAAUACCAGCCUGUCGGGCUGUCAAGCAUCCCUGUGCUGUACAUCGAAUUUCAUUCAAAACUACCGUAACUGCCUCGAAUGCAUAAGUCAGCUUCUCGACGGCUCCAGUACCACUAGUAGCACGAAAAGCGCAGUUAACCAGCUAUUGACGUCCUGUAUUCAAGUGGGUGCCCUGCCUCCACCCCCGACGGCGUCUCAAAACCACAUAAACCACACUUCAUAUGCUAUGGCGUCUCAGACAGGGUCCCAGUUCUCCCCAACUAACUCCCCUGCGACUGGCACUGGCGUCGUCUCGGUACCCCCUGCCAGCAGUGUGAUCAGCCCCACUAGCCCCUUCUCCGGUUCUCAAACUAGCACUACAUCAGUGGGUGCGACGCCCUCGUCCACGAAUAGCGCAGUCAGAACGACUGUUGGCCAGGCUUACAGGCGGUAUCGCGUCAGUGCUUGCAUGGGCUAUUCUCCAAAUGAUGUGAUCAAAACCUGUGAUGCCUGCACUGAGUCGGACUCAGCUGAUACACAUGCAUAAUCCAGAUGGACACUUCCACCAACCCCUUCCCCCUGCUGGAUGUUUGCCUGACAUCAGCAUUCUUCUGUGGUAUCUCUGCCGUUCGUUGUUCCUGGGGUGAUUGUGGUUUCCUUGACGUCCACUUAUUAUCUGAUUGACAACCAUACGUACUCAGUAUCGUUCCCUGCUAUUUAGUCAUGUAGUGCAAACUUAUACCUGUUGUCAGUCAC